CCGGGGUGGGGUUUCGCUGGGGUUAUGCUGACGGCUCCGGUCAGGGAAUUUCAACUUCGGAUGUGGCUGAGCUGAAGGCGGCAGCAUAACCUGUGACCAUGACGACUGAAGCUGGCCCAGAGACUGAAGUAAAGAAGGAAUCUGAGCAGCUAGGGGCAGAUGCAGCCAAGGAAACACACGAGGAAGCAACAGAGAGUCAGGAAAAUCAAAAGUCGGAAAAGACACUCUCUGAAGAGGCACAAAGUUCUCCUUCUUCCCCAGCACUAGCUACCCAAAGCAGCCCAAGUAGUCAGAAGAAGGAAAAAGAUCCAUCUGAAGGCAAGGGAAUCUCUCGCUUUAUCCCCCCAUGGCUUAAGAAACAAAAAUCAUAUACCUUGGUGGAGCCCAAAGAUGAAGCCAAGAAAAAACCUGUAGAGGAAAGACCGGUAGUGGAGGAGAGGGAAAGUCAACUUCCAGAGGAUAUGGCUCAGCCAAAGGGAAACUUGGAAGAAGCAACAAUUGAGAGUCAACAGGAGGCUAAAGCAGAUGACAAGGAGGAGGAGGAGAAGCAUUCUAUGAGCAGUGCUGACACACAGCCUGCUAAAGAAGACACUAAAGAGAUUGAAGUAGAGAAAGUUGCCAAUGAGCAAGAAGAAAAACAAAAAGUAGAAGAAAAGAGGGAGUCCAAAGAGGUACAAACAACUGAAAUCAAAAUGGAGAAAGUGCCUCAGAAAGCUCCCAAGAAGAUUAAAACUGUGCCGUGCAAAGUGAUGCUCCUGGAUGGCACCGAAUACAGCUGUGACCUAGAGAAAAGAGCUAAAGGCCAGGUGCUAUUUGACAAGGUGUGCGAACAGCUCAAUUUACUGGAAAAGGACUAUUUUGGCCUGUUGCUUCGGGAUAACUCAGAUCAGAAGAACUGGUUAGAUUCUUCAAAGGAAAUCAAGAGGCAAAUUCGAAAUUUACCCUGGCUAUUCACCUUUAAUGUGAAGUUUUAUCCUCCUGAUCCUUCACAGUUGACUGAAGACAUUACCAGAUAUUUCCUAUGCCUACAGCUUCGUCAGGAUAUUGCUUCUGGCCGACUGCCAUGUUCUUUUGUGACUCAUGCCCUCCUUGGUUCAUAUACUCUGCAGGCCGAGCUAGGAGACUAUGAUUCAGAGGAGCACCAUAACCAUUACAUCAGCGAAUUCCAAUUUGCACCCAAUCAAACAAAAGAGAUGGAGGAGAAAGUAGUAGAACUGCACAAAACACACAGGGGCUUGACUCCAGCACAGGCAGAUUCUCAUUUCUUAGAAAACGCCAAGAGGCUUUCCAUGUAUGGAGUGGACUUGCAUCAUGCCAAGGAUUCUGAAGGUGUGGACAUCAUGCUGGGUGUAUGUGCUAAUGGGCUACUCAUUUACAAGGAUAGACUCCGAAUCAACCGUUUUGCUUGGCCCAAAAUUUUGAAAAUCUCUUAUAAACGCAGUAACUUCUACAUCAAAGUCAGGCCAGCAGAGCUGGAACAGUUUGAAAGCACCAUUGGGUUCAAAUUGCCAAACCAUCGGGCUGCUAAAAGGUUAUGGAAGGUUUGUGUGGAGCACCAUACUUUCUACAGACUUGUAUCACCAGAACAGCCUCCUAAGGCAAAAUUUCUGACCUUGGGUUCCAAGUUCCGCUACAGUGGCCGUACUCAAGCACAGACACGGCAGGCUAGCAACCUUAUAGACAGACCAGCUCCGUACUUUGAGCGCACCUCAAGCAAACGUGUCUCCAGGAGUCUUGAUGGGGCUCCUGUGGGUAUCACAGACCAAAGUCUGCUAAGGGAUUUUUCUGCUACCACAGUGGGACCUACUGGUGUUAUGGUCUUUGACGGUGAAGCUGUUGGCCAGACCAAGUUAAAAAACGGCGAAGGUAGAGAUGAGGAUGGAAGCCCAACUAAAAUUCCUCAACUGGAAUUAACCCAGGAUGAAAAGUCCCUUCACAUGUAUCCACCAUCACCACCCCUUCACUGUGUUUCAUCCUGUCCCACAAACCUGCCAACUAUCCCUGAGAUGGACAUGCUUUUGGACAUUUCAGAGGAAGAUCCCUUUCAGGAAUAUGUCCAUAGCCUCUCAGACUGCUGGGAAUGCAGUCCCAUGAGAGUAAUACCAACUCACAGUGGAAAUGAAGAGACCUUGCCUAAUAAUAUCUUGCAGCCUAUGAGACCCCCAGUUAGUCACCAUUCUUCUCCUGCAAUGGAGGGAAAGCCCCAUAAAAUAGUUGACUACAAAGAUACUGAGUUUAGUUUUUCAUUAAGCUUUAGCAAACUCUUUGCUUCUAAUUUCCUUUCACUGCUUGAUGAGGACGGUUACAUCAGUUUUCCUAGCCUCCCUGAGGUUUGCAUCUCCUACCUCCCACCUGGUCUUCAACACUAUGUUCCUAUCACCUCUCCCUCAUUCAUUCCCUCUUUUCUCCUUAUCUUUGUGCUGCUUCUCUCUGCUUUUCAGUCUGUUCCUUUCUCACUCACAUUUUCCCUUCCUCUCGCUCUGUCCCUCUGCUACCUGGAGCCUAAGGCGACUUCAUUGAGCGCCUCUUAUGACAAUGACCUGAAUGACAAAGCAGAGGAAGAGGAGGUGGAAACCGGAGAGGAGGAAACGCAGCAGCAGGACCUGGAUAAGACCCAGGACGACUUACUGAAACAUCAGGCUAGCAUUAGUGAACUCAAGCGCAAUUUCAUGGAAUCCACACCUGAGCCACGCCCCAAUGAAUGGGAAAAGCGGCGUAUCACACCUCUGUCUCUACAGACACAAGGGAAAAAAGGAGACCACAUUUUCCAAAGGAAAAAACCUCCUGUGAAGGAGAAGCAAUGGACUGCAGUGACAUGGAUUACUGAGGCAAAAACAGAAGAAACUAUCCAGAGCCUAGAAGAGGAAAUAACGUCAAUUUUAUUUAGUAAAGAGGGCUUUUCCACUAGCAUGAAAUCUACCUUCACUUCAUCCACCGCAUGGACAGCAGAGGGCACUGUUGUGAAAGAUAAUGUACCUUCUGAAAUGCUUUUUGCCUCACCCUUCUUACAACUGCCUGAGAAACUUCCUUCCAGAGCAGAAGGGCCUUGCACUGGAGCCAGCGAUGCUGAUAAGAGUUCACAUGAGACUCUGAACGUAGUGGAAGAGAAGAAACAGGCAGAGGUGGGGAUAGAAGAGACUGUAGUCAUAGACGAAAUCAACAGAGGGAAAAUGCAAGCUGUCACUGAUGCUGGGGAGACCCGUAAGGUGGAACAUGUGUCAAAAAAGGACUCUUCUUCAUUGUCAUCAGAUAGCAGCAGCAGCAGCAGUAGUGAGAGUGAGGAUGAAGUGGUGGGAGAGUAUCAGCCCCAUCACAGGGCGGCUGAGGACACCAUAAGGGAAGAACAAGAAGAAAAUGAAGAUGCCAAAAGAAUGGAGGAGUGUGCAACAAAAAUAAUACAGUGUGUGGAAACUGUACAAGAAGGCAGUAAAGUAACAGUUGAGCACACGCAAGUUACAGCAAAGGCUUUGGCCCAGGAAAAUGCAGUUGCCAUUAAAACUGCAGAGACGAAUGUAAUGGAAGAGGGGAAGCAAGACCUGAGAGCAGAAGAUGAGGAAGAACAGCUCAGAAUAAACGGAGAUGUGUCUCAUGUUGACAUUGAUGUUGUGCCAAAAAUAAUUUGUUGUUCUGAGCCUCCGGUAGUAAAGACCGAGAUGGUGACCAUUUCAGAUGCCACACAGAGAACAGAAAUCUCCACCAAGGAAGUCCCAAUUGUUCAAACAGAGACCAAAACUAUCACAUAUGAAUCUCCACAGUUUGAUGGCAGCGCAGGUGGUGAUGCUGGUGUGCUGUUGAGUGCACAGACUAUAACGUCUGAAUCAGUUUCUACAACUACAACCACACACAUCACUAAGACAGUAAAAGGUGGAGUAUCAGAAACAAGGAUUGAGAAGCGCAUUGUCAUCACUGGAGAUGCAGAUAUUGACCAUGACCAGGCACUGGCACAAGCAAUCAAAGAAGCCAAAGAGCAGCACCCUGACAUGUCUGUCACGAGGGUAGUGGUGCAUAAAGAAACUGAACUUGCUGAGGAAGGGGAGGAGUAAGGUCAAGAAUUAAAAAAAAAAAAGCGACCCACUUUGUGACCAUGAAGAACUUUGACCAUUCCAAGUUGGUGAUACUACCACUACUGCAUUGAAUUCACCAGGCCUAGCAACAAUGACCAGACACUCAAGGUUGAAAUGCCAACACCAAACACUACCUUAACUACCCUGGUCUAUAUAGUCCCCUUACAUCUUUCUUGUUUAUUUUUAUAACCACUUCUUAACAUUCUUAGCUUUUUUGAGGUUUUAGAGGGGUUGAUUUAUUUGCACAACUACCUGCCAUUUUUAUAAAUGAUUCUUGAUCAUAUGAGAGUGAACAAAAAGUAUUCUGAUAGCACUGUUCACUGGAACAGGUGAAGUUGUGCAGAAAGGAGAAUCUUUGACUAAUUUAGAUGUAGUUUUUUUCCAAAUAUUUCAACUCAAGUCUGUUACUGGAGUAAUUUACAGAUUUUCUCAGCUUAUUCAGGUAAAUACACGUUAUCAGAUAACAUAAAAACAGAAGAUUUUUUUUUUGUAAAAACAAAACAUUUCAUACAAUUUGAAAAAAAAAAUUGAGAAUUUUGCUUUGACUGGAUGGAUUUUUUUUUUACUAACACCUUAUAACUCUUUCUGUUCUGAGGGUCUCCUCCUUUCUGUGGGGAACAGGUGCUGAUAGUCUAUAGAAGAGAGAGAGUUAUAAACGAGUUUCUUCUGACUGAGCACUGUGUGUUAGAAACCUUUGCACUGCAGUGCCAAUGCUCAACUCUUCAGACACUUUGCUGUCUACAACAUUCCAGAUAAGGAAGGAUGGAAAAAAAUGCUUUCUCCCCUUCCAAUAAAAGAUGACCCAGGCAGCUUAAAACCUUAGUGCUUUUUUUCUUAACGUUUCCAAAUGUCAGCACUUCCCUUUCAAGUACAUGUGUAGAAUGCUUGCUUUCUACUAAACCUCAUUGUCUACAUGUUAGAACUGACAUUUCUGAUGUUGAGCAGGUAUAUGUUUCAGAUAGUUUAAUGAUCAAUACAGGUUUUUAGGAUACGAAGGGAAAGGGGUGGGUCCAUUCUUGUAGGUAAUAAAAAAGCAACACCAUUUGUUGAGGCUGCCACUGGGGAAACCUGUAUAGAAACCUGUUAACUAUGUCAAUUUCUUUGCUGUUGACUCUGUGUAUAGUUAAGAUGCCAAAUUAGAUUUAUAGCAGCUUGAAGUUGUAUUAAGUGAUAUUUUGCUUUCUGUAAUACUGUUAUCAAAUAAAGUUUGUUUAUUCUCUA